GUUCGUUCAUAUUGAUGUUUGUUUCGUUUAGUACAAUAUAUUUGUUAACUUUUGUUAAAUUUUAUUAGUUUUCCAAUUGCAUUCUUAAGGUGCACUAUGGCUUCACAUGAGGAAUGCUGUCAUGAGGAGCCCAUUCCCCCUGCGGAAGGCGAAGGACAAUGUGAAAUGCACCACCACAUUGAAGAAGGACCACCAAGAGAAGGACAUUUUGCCAUGUCAAUUGAUCCACAUGCCGACGAAUUAAAUAACCCAGCUUGUUAUCUACCCCAACCACACGAUGCAAAGUUCAUUACAGAAAAUCUUCAACCUAUGGGCCCAAUUGGGCCCUGGGCAACAGGCAAAGUGGAUUGGAGUCCCAUGGCGGGUUUGACAGGAACUCGACCGGUCGUUGACCGUUAUUCAAUAACACGUUUUAGCCCCAGUGAGUGGAGAGCUAAAAAUUUCGAAACUGUUAAGAACACCAAUCAGGUAUUCGAUAGAGCUUUGAGAAAUCAGCACCACUCAAAGACCUCGCAAAUGCGCAUAUCUGCAAUGGUGGACAAGACACAAUCUGAGACCACGGACAAUGUACGCCAGAGAGCGCACCUCAUUGACAAAUGGAAGACGACAUUGGGAGCAGCCAUCAAAGCCAUGGCCGAUGAAAUUAGCAUUUUGGAAGAGGAAAGAGUUCGGUUGAAGAAAUCUUUGGUUAUUUUAGAACUACCCGAAUCCAUUGCCAAGGAGUGUCUUGACAAACGUUGCGGUCGUCCCGAUACGGAAUUAGUUCGCGAUGCCCCCGAAGAAGAGUUGAUAAAUGAAUUGGCUUUGAUUGCUGAAAUAAGGCAGCUGUUGAAAAAGACUUUGGAAGAUUUCGAACAACAACAAGUGGAAAAUCGUUCUGCACGUCAACGUUUGGAAUACGAUUGGAGUGACAAGAAAGAGGCGUAUGAAAUGGAUUCUGCAAAUGCCCAUUUGCAAAAUAAAUCAACUACCAUAAUGUUUAGACCCGGAGCUGUUAGGCAACCGCCGGAGCAAGCCUCUGAGCAAUACUGGGAACACUUCACCAGAGAAACUUUAGAGGAGGUUGAAAUGUGCCGCCAAAAGUCUGUGAAGUUGCGCCAGACUCUAAAUGCAAUUCUGCUUAACUCUGCUCGCGAUAUUCGUACCCAGGCUGAUGUGGUUGAGAAAGCAUUUACAGUUCGCAUCAAUUGUAUGCAAGAGAAUUUAAAAAGGUUUGAAAUAGAUCUCAGGGAUUGUUUGCAAAAACUGGCUGACACCGAGACCCGCAUAGUACACUUACAACAAGUCAUACGCAGUCUUGAUGCUCCCAUGAAGGUUGCACAGACUCGAAUGGAUAAUCGCAGCUUCCGCCCCAAUGUGGAGAAUUGUCGAGAUAAAGUUCAGCAGGAUUUAAUUGAUGAGGUGGCCUCCAUUCAAAGUGGUGUAACCGCAAUGUUGCAAGAACUGGAUGAAGCUGAGCAGGUGAAGAACCAGCUAAUGCAAACUCGCAGCACUUUGGAGCGUGAGAUUAUGUUGAAGCGGCGAACCUUGUGGAUAGACCGAGAACGUUGCAUGUUGCUUAGAUCGCAUUAUCCUUCGGCAAAUGCUUUGAGUGGCUAUGCGAACAUUUAAACAUUUUGCUCGGAAAUACUAAACGAACCUGAAAUAUAUUUCAACAUAUUGUAUUUAAAUUUUAUUUUUAAAACUGUUCAUUUUCACAAUCCUAAAUCAGACAGUGCAUGAAGUUCUAAAUAACAUAGCCUUGUUUCUCUAA